UCUGCUUCCUCUGCCGCUUCCUCGCCCCGCCAUCGACGCGCCACCAUGCCGCCGCGCCGCCGGGGAUCUUCGGGCUACCGUGGCGUCCGCCAGCGCCCCUUUAGCGGCUUCUACGCUGAGAUUCGGUCCAGUGACGUCCGCAUCAGCCUCGGCACGUUCGAGACCGCGCACAAGGCCGCCCGCACGUACGACGCGGCACCAUGGCGCCUCCAGAGGCCUCGCGCGCAGAUGAACUUUCACGACGUCUGGACGUGCGAGCAGGCGCAGGCCGUAGCCCCUCCGCCUCGUCUUAUAACAGACCAGGACCGUGAGGAACACCGUCGGCGGCAGCGGCGCCUCCUCAUCGCCGAGGCGGACGAGCGAGCCAUGGCGGAGUGGCGCCAGCGCUACCCGCAGGACGUCGCCGACGAGAACACCUUCUGGGCGGAGAGGACGGCAAGGCGUCAUGCGGAGCGGGCGGACAGGCGUCGGCGGAAGGCACUCGCGGAGGCGCAGUGCGAUCUCGUUAAUGCAAGUGGGGAGUCGUUCUUCGACUCAGGAGAUCCUCGUUGA